CUUUUAGGAGUAAAUAGUGGUGGUAUAAAGGCAAAGACAUACAACAUUGAUACGCAGUUGUACUUUAGCAAUCCACACGAAAAUGAAUGCAUCAUUCGCAUUGUUAUUGUGCUGUAUCGCAGGUAAUGCUUAUGCAUACUAUGUACAGCGACAAGCACCUUAUAAUAUUGGACCGCAAGACCCCUACACUGUGGAAGUGAGCCCGUAUCUUGCUUUUGAACCUUCACAAAGGAUACUUUGGGGAAAUGGAGGCAGUAAUCAAGUCGGGGGAAACGAUUGGUGGGCAACUAUAACAAACAAAUUUCCCUUUUUGAGAAACAUGUUUGGGAAGAUGCAACUGCCAGCGCAAUAUGGCGCCCCCAAUCCAGCGGCCGUAUACGGUGUGCCAAAUACUGUGUCUCCACAGUUCUACACCCAGAAUGUUCCACAGUAUUUUCCUUCUGCUAGGGACGUGGGAUUCACUGAUGACGCUGUCAUUAUAACACCACCAAAUGUUCCCGUGAUACCACAACCCGUUCCGCAACCUUCCCCGGAACCCGCACAGGGGUAUCGUUACAACAAACCCCUGAACCGUUUGGAGCUACCUAAUCAUUAACUGUUUCUGUUAUAAGAAUAUUCUAUGUAAUACACUAACUGAUGUCAGUGUUGUGAGUUUUGAAAUUCACUUUCCAUGCAAGAAAGUAUUAUAUACUUUAAGUUACGGGUAGUUACUAUUAGUUAUAACUAUAUUAUACUAUAGUUUUUCUAUAAUAAAAAUAAAAAUUAUUAUAUUUUAUAUUCUCUUUAUUGCCACAAUCCCUUAACCUUGUUUUAGUUGGUCUCAUUCAUCAGCAUAUCAUACUUACAAAUGUACAUUACAAUUAAUACUAAUUUUAAAAUGUAUACUUUAAAAAUUAAAUCAAACGCCAACUUUGCUUCAUAAAGAAUAAAAAAUCUGUUUAUAGCAUCCUACGAAUUUAUUUUUUUUGGUUCUCAUUAUGAAUUUUAAGAGUUUAAUUUCCAACAGAAGUGUAUUGGUCGUAAUAACCCUGACCAGUAGAGUCGAUGCCCACAGAAGAACCGGCGCUUACGGACCGACCACCAAAUAUCGGUCCUGCCUGUCGUCGUGUUUCACCGUAGCUGGAAUAUAAAUACUAAUAAUGUACUAUCUGAGAGUAUCCUUCUAAAAAUUAAGUGAAAAUUAUAGUUUAUAAGAGAAAUUCUGUAAGCUGUUACUGUAGUAUUGAAAAAAUAAAUGAUUACAUUUAUUACUGCUUACAUAGUAUGCAAUAUACU